GCAGGGCUGCGCAUGCGCCGUCGGGGUAGGUGGCUGUUGGUCCAAGAAGGCUGGGGCUGCUGGAAGGUGAGGAAUACGAGGACAGCCGAGGAAUCUUUGCUUCUCGAAGGUGGAGCGGUUGCUUUUUAUUUUCCUCCUCUAUCUUGGGAAAAGUAGCUUCUUCCCUGUCUUUUGAUUGCUGUGUUUUGGAGGCCAUUUAACUCUUUCCGGAAUGCAAAGAUGCACUUGAUGCUUUCCUUGGGAGCCUGGUGUUGUUUAUGAACAGGAAUAAAAGAGACACUCUUUAUUGGGGAGAGAGGUGGGACGUGGAUCUUGGCUUUACAGUCAUCAGUGACCAAAAGAAAUGGAGGAGAAGGAGCGAUGUGAUCAAUUCAAUCUGACACUCCUAUGCUAAAUACUCUCAAACAAUUUUUCAAGGGGAAAAAAAAUCAGAAGAGAAGAGAACAAUAUACUAAAAGUAAUUUCUUCAAGUUAAGGAAGCAGGCAGGUGAAUGGAAGAAGAAUGGUUCAAAUUUUGAAGUUGCUUUUGCAGCUAUCAAAUAAAGACAAUUGAAAUCCAACUGCAAGUCUACUAUUUGUGCUGAAGUUGUCUAUAAAGAAAAGGUUAGUUCGCUCUUUGUUUCUUUUGAAAAAGAACCUUCAAAAACAUUAUCUCCAAUCUUCACAUCAACGCCACUUUUUGAAAAAUGAGUUGCGUGCCAUGGAAAGGUGACAAAACAAAAUCGGAAUCACCAGAAACGCCACAAGUGAUGCCAGUGCACAUUUAUCAUGAAAAACAACGCAGAGAGUUAUGUGCACUCCAUGCUCUCAAUAAUGUCUUCCAGGACAGCAAUGCCUUUACACGAGACACAUUACAGGACAUUUUCCAGAGGCUAUCUCCCAACACCAUGGUGACACCACACAAGAAAAGUAUGCUGGGGAAUGGAAACUAUGAUGUGAAUGUUAUCAUGGCAGCUCUUCAGACCAAAGGUUAUGAAGCAGUUUGGUGGGAUAAGCGCAGGGAUGUUAAUGUGAUUGCCCUUUCCAAUGUCAUGGGUUUCAUAAUGAAUCUGCCCUCAAGCCUCUGCUGGGGUCCACUGAAACUUCCUCUUAAACGGCAACAUUGGAUCUGUGUCCGGGAAGUGGGAGGAACCUACUAUAACCUUGACUCCAAACUAAAGGUUCCUGAAUGGAUUGGUGGUGAAAGUGAGCUCAGGAAGUUUUUAAGAAACCAGCUUCAAGGAAAGAACUGUGAACUUCUGCUCGUAGUACCUGAGGAGGUAGAAGUACAUCAAAGUUGGAAAGUUGAUGCAUGACCUGCAAAAUAUCUUAUCUUUGCACUACAGUACUGGUCCUUCUCCCUUCCAACUUCUAAUGUCCUGUGAUGUGGAUAAUGAGCACUAUAUUCUCCCCAGGAACUUUCCAUUAUGAAGGUGCAAUAAGGCAGUCACAAGGUACUGUCAGGGCCAAACCAGAUUAUUGAAGACGGACUUAGACAAAGAAGUAGAAGCCAGUUUUGCGUUCUUUCAUUAUAAUGCAUAAUGAAUUAGAAAUGGGGUAUUGGAAUCCUCUCCAUUAAAUUCUGAUUCAUUUUCUUACCCACCACCCUAAAAUACUUUAUAUUGAAUUGUACACUACUGUCUCUAGGAGUCUCUAUAGUUGGAUGGUUUGUCGCUCCUUCAGGAGAGGUUUGAGGCUAGGCAUGUUCCCUUCAUAUCUAUGACUCCCUUCUCUACCAAACUUAAGUUGAAGAAACUUGCAAACGGUAUGGGUCUCUCAGGAAAUUUUAGAUACUCUUAGCAAUGGUAUGGUGCUUGUGGAUUCCCUAUUUAAAUAACAAUUGUGCCAACAGUUAGGGGACAUUGACAUAACGGGACCAUAAUUCAGGAACUCCUAUUGGAGUUUGGGGCUUUUCUUUGUCAUACUUGACUUUUUUUUUUAUUUGAGAAUGAAAGAGUAAAUAAUUUGGGGAGAUAAUUGAUGCUUAAUUUUCAAAAACCUCAAAUAUUUUUGGUUAGGUGGGUCAGGUAUAGCCUUUUUAUUUAUCUUGUUUGUCCUGUAAUUCAGGGAAAUAAUUCACUGAGCAGGGAAUAUAUCAACAGACUUCUUAAGGAUAAAAUCAUGACAUAAAAGGAAAUUAUAGCCAAGUUUUUGUAAGGUAGAACAUUGUUGAAAGGGCAAAUGUUAAUUCUGCAACCUAUUGUCAGGAACAAAUCCAAGGAUUAGAGUUUUGUUCUUAUUUCAGCUGAUAAUAGCUGAGAUUAAAAAGUUUCCAGGGAAGUUUGAUGCGGGUAGAUGAAGACUAUUUAAAGCAGGUAAGCUGAGUUACAUUCUUCCAUUCCACCUGGCAGGAAAUCAUAAUCUCUCUUUCCCUCUAAAUAAAAGAGCUGAAGACUGGCAGGAACCUUAUUAGUUUCCCCUUUCACUUCAUCCAAGUGUGCCUCAUUUAUUGUCAUGGUUUACCCUGUUGCAUUUAAGUGUCAUUUACAUUAGAACUGAUAUAUCAAGAAUGGGACCCAUGUUUCCAGCAUCAUCCUGGUAAAGGAGGGGCAAAAGUAACUCUUGUAAUUGUAAAGAAUGCCUUUUACUUUCUAUUUUGAGUAAAAGCAAGAUAGACACCUUUCAAUUUUGUACUUGAACUGUCCUUUCAAUCAAAUACUUUGAGGAUGACAAUGAAAUCAAGACAAAUCUUGUUUAUUGAUGCCUGGAUAAUUUGUAGCCAUAUUCUGGGAAACUGAAUUGUCUCUUCUCUGCAUGUAACAGUUCAAACAUAAUACUUCUAGUUUAAUAGAAGCUCUCUUUUCUUCUGGACUAUACAUUCCAUUGGUAAAACCAGCUGAUAUUUUUACACAUAUAUUUUUCAUAAGCAGAACAUUAGGCCUGAAGUUCUGCUUCUGACUUGAAGCCAUUUUUUUCAUGAAUUUUAAAAAUAUCAGCAGUAAAGACUAUUCUUUAUGCUGACUAAAACAGCACUUUGGAGAGACCGUUUGCAUGGAAGCCAAUGGACCAGUGCAUUAUAUACAAAUAUCUUUUAAAAAGUAAAGCUAUUUCUUUCCUCUCAGUAUAUUGAUGUCAUUGUUCUGGCCAUAGGGAAAGUGGUGUGAUUCAGCGGCUCAGGAAAAGGGAACAUGUAAUCAUACACACUUCAGAACCAGAAUUAUGACACAAGAGGAGAAUAAUCAGCCCAGUCCAAUUGCUUGGGAAUAGAAAAGCCCAUGAUUGUUUUCUUGCUUGUUUGGUUUUGUUAUAGCUUUGUCUUGGGUUUGUUUACAGAGAUGUAUUUUGUUUAA